CAUUUCUUAUGUAAGUUUACCUAAGUUCAAGAUGCGAUAAGAUGAGGAUUGAAAUGAUAGCCAAGAGCUGCCCUAUAAGACCCCUGUCCGCUCGGGCUCUGGUACGUCACCUCCCCCCUAUUUUGGGUGGUUUGUCUUAGUCAAGGGCCAGUGUUACACAGCUCUGCCCUUCUUGGCGCACGGCGUGGAUGCGAUCCAACUGGAGAGAGCAACAGCAAAAAGAUAACGACACAUCUGGGCUCCAAGUCUUAUUUUCUCUCUUUGCUCUUGUCUCAGACAUAAUUCUUCUUGCCCACUCACGCUCGCUAUUGCUCUAAUUCUUACCGUAUGCGCCGCGAAAGUUGACCAUCCACCAACCCACGGAGCCAUUGCCCGCGAAUUGCAACUGUGCCAGCCCGAAACGAGACACAUUGUGCGACCUUGAUCCGAGUGCGAAUAGAUACCGAGCCCUUUUCUUUCAAGCUCGCGCAAAUUUGCGAGGCUUGAUUGAUGCUAGAUGCAUAUUCGUUAAUCGCAUCCAAUUCUUGCCAGGCGACGAGCGCAGGGAUAGCGCACGCCGGCGCGACGAUUCCACAACGCCGCCGACCGUUUGUGGCUGCCAACGUGGGGCGCUGGGAUAGGGGACUACACUCCAUUACGUCGUGAAAUCCGACCCGAACAUGUCGACAUGGAGUGGGAAACCGAGCGUGAAGGGGAGCACCGAGACGAUGCGCAUGUUCUUAUUGACAUGCGUAUCCAUUGGCAUCACCUUCACAUGGGGAGUGGAAAUGACUUAUUGUACCCCAUACCUCCUCUCACUCGGACUAUCAAAGGGGCAGACAUCUCUGGUUUGGGUCGCGGGGCCAUUAUCGGGGCUGAUAGUUCAGCCCAUUAUCGGUGUUGUAGCUGAUGAAUCGACGUCGAAAUGGGGGAGGCGGCGGCCCAUCAUCGUUAUAGGGUCUUUCAUCGUGUCCGGCAGUUUACUUGCGUUGGGCUUCACCAAGGAGAUUGUGGAUUUCUUCAUUAGUGACAAGGACACUGCACAACUGAUGACCAUUGUGCUUGCGGUCCUUUCGUUGUACUCGGUUGAUUUCUCCAUUAAUGCCGUCAUGUCUUGCGGCAGGAGUUUAGUGGUAGACACACUCCCAAUAUCCAAACAGCAAACCGGUGCUGCCUGGGCAAGUCGAAUGGGUUCCCUUGGCCAUAUUAUUGGUUAUGCCAUGGGCGCAAUCGACCUGGUCGGUAUCUUCGGACCAACACUCGGAGACACCCAGUUCAAACAGCUCACCGUCAUCGCCGCGCUGGGCAUGCUCGCCACCGCCUUCAUAACAUGCUGGGCAGUCACCGAACGAAUCCUCCUCUCGGUCCGCCACGACCCCCGCCAAACCGACGUGCGCUUCAAAGUCGUCCGCCAGAUCUGUUCCACAGUCCUCACCCUCCCACCGCGCAUCCAAGCCAUCUGCAACGCCGUCUUCUGGUCCUGGAUCGGCUGGUUCCCCUUCAUCGUCUACAGCAGCACCUGGGUAGGCGAGACGUACUUCCGCUACGACGUUUCGGCCGACGCCCGCAACUCUGACGACGCCCUCGGCGACAUGGGCCGCAUCGGCAGCACAGCCCUGACGGUGUACUCGACCGUCUCCUUCAUCAGCGCCUGGGUCCUGCCGGCGCUGAUCCAAGCCCCCGAAGACAAGAGCUUCACCCACCGGCCCCCGGCUAGCAUCGCCCCCCUGAUCAACACCUUCAACAAGUACAAACCCGACCUCUUGACCGCCUGGAUCGCGGGGAACAUCAUGUUCGCCUGCGCAAUGUUUAUCACCCCGUUCGCGACCUCGUUCCGCUUCGCCACGGCGAUCGUCGCCCUCUGCGGCAUCCCCUGGAGCGUGGCCGGGUGGGCGCCGACGACCUUUCUCGGAAUCGAAGUGAAUAAACUCAGCGGACAGCCAGACCCCACAGCAAGAAAUAUUGAGAUGCGGGACGUCUCGGUGCUGGAGAUGGGCAAGCCGGACGAGGAGAGUAGUUCUUCAUCUGGCGGCCUGAGCGGGGUUUAUUUCGGUAUCUUAAACAUUUAUGUCACGAUCCCCCAGUUUCUUAGCACGCUGAUGAGCGGGAUGGUGUUUGCGAUGCUGGAGCCGGGGAAGAGCCCCGAGCUGGCGCACGAGGCGCACCCUAGCGAGACGGCCGAUCCGACGGGGCCGAACGCGAUUGCCGUGACGAUGUUUUUGGGGGCUUUGGGGUCGUUGGUGGCGGCGGUGGUGACCAAGAAGUUGAGGUAUGUGUAAAAACAGCAGCAGUUGGUAUAGUAUCAAGGGGGUGAUAAUAGGGGUUGUUGUUUCGUUUCGAAAGGGACAAAAAUGGGCAUUCGGGUAUAGAUUAUCACGAGCGCGGCGUUUGAAUUUGGGAGGGGGUUGGUUGAAAUCAUAUAUAGCAUGUUUUUUUCCUAUUAGUUUAUUGCCGUUGUUGAUUUCAUGAGGAGAGGGUUCGGUCAGUGGUGGUCGUGGGGUUUCUUUUCCAUUCUCGUCUGAGAGAUAUCUCUUUGUAAUCUUGCUAUAGGGGGCAUUUGCAUAUGAACAAGACCACAGACUUGUACAUCGUAUCCUAUCACUUUUUCUCAUGUC